AUGGCUUCCUCCACGCCUUACCUUGUCCUACUCUUGUGCCUCACCACUUUCCUGCAGGCAUGGCUUGCUGCGGCAAAAUACCCACCGCCGCCGCCCCCGCCGUUUGAGCUGCCGGAGUCCGAGGUGAGGGAGAGGUUCUCCAAGUGGGUGAUCAAGUACUCAAAGCACUACUCGUGCCAUGAGGAGGAGGAGAUGCGGUUCCAAGUCUUCAAGAACAACACCAACGCCAUCGGCCAAUUCGACCAACAGAAUCCUGGCACCGUCGUCGGUCGCGGGUUCCGACCAACUGGGUUUCAGGUCCAUGGCUCGGGCGGGGUCCGUAUGAACAGGUUCGGCGACCUCAGCCCCAGGGAGGUCAUCCAGCAGUUCACCGGGCUGAACACCACCAGCUUCAAUGCCACGUCACCCACCUACCUCCCCUACCACUCCUUCAAGCCCUGCUGCGUUGACUGGCGCUCCAGCGGCGCUGUCACCGGCGUCAAGAAUCAAGGCACUUGA